UUACCGACUGCAUGCUAGUGAACUUCGCUUGCGCUUGCUUCAUUCUCUGUCACGGCUGAUGCCUCGCGUGCGUGCGACGAGAAAAUAAUACGUAAGACUCUAUCUUGUGCUUUGACAACUGAUCUACAAGUGUGGACCAUUUUGCUGUGAUACGUGUACGAAAGAAAAGUUUAUAUUUCAGUUUAUCACACACACACACACACACAAACUAAUUGGCUACAGCAGAAGGCAUGUAUUUCCGGUCUUGCGAAGAAAGAUGCAUACGUGUUCUCGCGUCACGUGCGUAGAGGUUUUUAUGCAACUGUAACAGGAACGUCAAUAUAAUCAACAGCUACAACUAAGAUAUUAUCAGUGGUGAGCAUCGAAUUAAUAAAAACAAAAGCAGAAAUUUGAGCGUCGACAGAACAACGAGAGAAGAAAAAUAAAGAAAGAAAAAUAAGUAAAAGGAAACAACGAUGCAUAACCGGUAGAACAGUUAGGGGCUGUGCGGUCGGUUGUUCUGUGUUACAAGGGAGUGCACAUUGCGUGUAGUCGUAGUGAGAGCCGGGAGCAACAACAGAGGUAUGUCAUUAAGACCAAGGUGACAUUAAGUUUAGCGUAAAAGUUAGACGAGGCGAUGGGGUUUGACGACAUACUGUUGAGCCACUUGGAGUCAACGAUGGACGAUACGAUAGGUAUGAAGAAAGGCAAAUCCAAGAAGAGCAUACCAAAGUGCACGCGAUGCCAAAAUCACGGCAAGAAAGUUGCGGUUAAAUUUCACAAACAUGAAUGCAAAUUUCGAGAUUGCGUUUGCCAGAGGUGCAUACGUACCACUAAUAGGCAACUGAUCACUAAGGUGCAAACGGCCAAGAGGAGAGAACGAGAACGUAUUGACAUGCUGAGGGAGAUGCGAAAAAAUCAAAAAGUGAACCAAGAUGAAGAUCCUGAUGAAUCUUUGACGCUGACAAUAGAGAAGGACAUCAACGAUAGUAAUAACAGUGAUUUGCCAAGUCUUGGAAAUCAUACGAGUGACAUAUUGCCUGGGCUCAGUAACCGUAGCUGUAAUAGCGGCUCAUGCAGGACCCUACUGGAGCCCGUGGUCAGCAACGUACCCUCUCUGUCUGAAAACUUGCCACCCCUGCUGCCGCAUACUACCUCACCUAGCGCACCUUUUCUCGAAACCGAAUCAAAUUUGCAACAAGUAGAACUUUUAUUAGGGUAUAGUGCCGGACUAGUGCAACGAUUUCAUUAUCCUUGGGAGUCGUUAUCGUUGAUGUAUGUUAUUUUGAAAAAUUCCAGAGCAGAUCCUGAAGUGGCUAUCCGAAGUAUAAAAAAAGCAAAUAGUGAAAUUCAAGCGACGGCGCAGUUAAAAGCAUCGAUGCUAGGCGCGCCGUACUACUACCCCCGUUACACAGGCUACUUAAACUCACUGGGUAACCCGACGUAUUUUGGGCAAGUGCCUUACGUGGGCAUGGUAUCGCCACCAAGUGCGGCUGGUCUCCACAGUCUAUUUCCUUACACGUGUAGUAGCCACGCCAUCGGCGGCAAGGUGCCCUCCAGUCCACCCGAAAGGCCAUCCUCUUAUCACGGUGGCGCGCACUUCCUACGCAUUAAGCAAGCACCGAUUCAUUCAUGAGAGUGCAAUUCUCAAUUCCCCGCACUUGGAAGCAAGCAUGAGCCACCAAUUCAAGAUAGAAAAGGCCGAGAAUACGGACUAACCCAAAGAUGCGCAUGACAUUUACAGUGCGAACCGCAGCAUCAGCAACAGCUAGCGGUGAGGAGUUCGCUAAAGGAAGUUCUCCUCUUCUCUUCAUUGCGCUUCGCUUGAAGCGAAGAAGAAGGCGACAAAAGGAGAAAACCUUAGUACGAAUAAGGAAACAGCACAAAAGGGUUCCCAACAUGUGCAUUAUGCUAUAUAAUGUUAUAAAAAAAGUAGAAAGUCAUACAUUCAAAGUCAGCUGGCGAACGCGGGGUGGCAACUUGUGACUCUGUAUGCGUGUGUACGUAUUGCAAUUCUUUGCUUUUCAGGGUCUCUCACGCCGCAUUAUUUGGUCGUUCCACGAAUUGAGAAGUUUUGAAAGUGUCGGCGAAGAAACGAAUCGAUAUACAACAAUGGAAAAGAAAUACACUGCUCUCUGUUUUUGCGGAGCGCAUCAACAUAACACUGCACGCGAAAGAGCGCCUGUGGCAGUUGGGCAGGAAGAGGUAAAAUUGCGGUAGCCAAUGCACUAAAAGAUACGCGUACACAUAUGCACGUAGAGAAACGAGAGAAAAAGGAAACGUCCAAACCGCGAACAGAGACAUUAUGUAUGUCCGCGCACACUUUGAGGAGAAGGAAAGAAAGCCGCGACUUCUUAAGGGAUGCAAAUUGCCCUCUGCUCCCCUGGCCGGGCGCACACGAUUUCGUCUUUUCGGACAUCUGCGACGUCGGAAAUGGCGCGCAAAACGUAAUCCCGUGAACACAUUUUUUCUUUUGGGUUGUUUUUGUUAAUUACUUUUCCGUUCACUUGAAUGUGACAAGAGCCGAUUUUUCGGCGAGAGAUCGUUUGUGUUUUCGGAUGUUUUUUGCGGGUUAGACUCUAUUGUGUACGCUUCUCUUGGUCUUGAGAACGAAGGAAUGUUUGUUCAGCAACUUUCUCUCCUCUUUUCGCUGAAAAAAAAGCAACAAGCGAUUUGAUGAAUGCGCAUGGGAGUAUGUAGUCGUGACGAGGAGUAAUGAUAGUUAAGUUGCUGUUAAUAAUUUAACUCGGCGUUUCUUUUUUAUUUAUUGUGAUACUUUGAUUGAGGCGUAUUAAUGAGUGCAAACAAGAGUCAAACCAAGAUUAAGCAUUGUAUAAUAUAAAGUAAAUCGAUAGAUGGACUGCUCAAUCUUGUCAAGUUUUUUAAUUACAGGUGUAUUUCUCGUUUACAUUUUAGAGAUAACAAUACACUAAAAGGAGCUCUUUCGUUUUAUGUUUUAUCUAAGUUCAUUAAUAUAUUACGUCGUCUUAGUAGAGUUAAUUAUUUGAUUUUUUUCAAAUUGGUUGUACAACUCAAUGUUAAAUAUUUAUUUUUCUUAUUGCCAGCAUUGAGUAAAGCCCGGUAAACGUUAACAUUAUAUUUUGGUUAUCAUACUCUUAGAAGAAUCAUUCGUUGAUUUGUUAUAUAAAAAUUCUCAAGUUAUUUUUAACGAUAAUAAUGAAGUACAUAGAAAGAAUUAAUAAGCAUAAACCUCUUUUUACUUUGUGAUUUUUAUUGAUUAUUUUAUUCGAUACUAUUAAAAGUAGAGAAAUUGUUGAAGAAAUAACUAUUUUUGCGAAUGACUUAUUUUUCAAUGUAAACUUAAAAAAAAACUCGUUUCAAAUUUUACGAAAAUAUUGGAAAUUUUACUCAGUAUGAUAAGCAUUGAUAUGUGUAGAAUUUAUUUUUUAUAGCUGCAUAUGAAUAAGUAGUUGAAAUAUUUUACAUUAACAUUUUCAAUUUCAAAAUUAAAAUCAUUUAAGCAGAUGUACACUUCUUGUCUAAUAAAAAAUUAUAAGGUUUCAAUUUCAGUGAAAAUGCAAAACUGAAUUGAAAACUUAUCUUGAAAAGUUCGUCACUAAUUACUUUAAUACUGCCUUCUUUAAUUUGUAUCAAACAUCAAUGUUGUUAUAAAAAAACUAUGAAUUGCUGCUAAUAAUAUUCACUUAUAUCGCAUACACACAAAUGUUCACAGUUACGGUGUAAUGUUGCAAAUUUUUUCUUCUCUCAAAACUAUUUCGUAUACGUACUAUAUAUUAUGUAAAGUCACGAAUAUAACAUGAAUAUAUUUACAAAAUUAUACAAAUUCAACCAAAUGACAUUUGUAAAAUGUAACCAAUUGUUCUGCAAGAAAACAAAUCAUAAGCUCGCGUGAUGUUCCUACAGAUAUAAAACUUUAAUGUAUUUGAAAAGCAGAAAUAUUUUAAACUAAAAAAAGUAACCGGAUAUGUGUGCAUUAUAUAGUAAUUAUUCUGCAAGGGAUUUGAUUGUUCAUCCGGCCUAUAAGGUUAAAUAUAUACUUCAUGAUAUGGAAUCGUACUACUGCGUAAGAAAUUAAGCGAAGUAUAAAAGUCUACAUACAUACCACUUAGUCUAACUAUUAAUUUAUAUUUAAAUACAUGAACAAUAAAUCUGAGCGUCCUAGAGAGUUUGUACCGGUUUACGUAUAAACCAUGUAAAAAUGCAAUGUCUGCAAAAUUUAAGAUCAGCGAAUAUUGCAAAUUUGAGAUUUCACAAGCAGCUACGCCAGUGAUUAUUGAAGAUAUAUGCGCGUACUUGCGAUUCAUAUGUACAACUUGCCAAUUGUUCGUAAACUUGGUGUACUUGGCAUAUUUUAACUGUUAUAAAUUGUAA